ACGGAACAAUUUAAGCCAGCACGUAAUAGGUUGCUACAUAUGCACCUGAAACUGUAAAGUUCUAUUUGCGUGAAGAAAUAUUUUUUCUUAGUGGAAGUCACGAAACGGCGAUGGCAAUAUUGGCCGGCAGAUAUACAUUUUCCUUACAAUACUGUUUAUGAGUCAUGGUGAUAUAAUUUGGCUGAAAUGAUAUGCCUAUACAGAGUUGAAUACGACAAGAUGGCAGUGAUAUCGAAAGUAAGAAAAAUCCGGAAAUCUAAAAUCUAAAUCUAAGACUUUAGCCGGCAUUUUGACACAUGAAAGCACAACACAUGGUUGAGAAGCAAGAGUCCAAUUUGUGUGAAAAAAGAAAAGAAAAAGAGAGAGAACUCUUGGUCUUGCCAUGCCUCCCACAUGAGUUACCCUAACCUGACGGACGUUGGUCACAGUAUGGCAGGGAGUCCUCUUCAUUGUGAGGGUCAAGAUGCCGUGUUUGCAGCCAAAGAGAGAAACGUAAGGGAGAUGGAGGGAGAGGAUCCUGACAUAACAACCCAGAGAGAUUUAUCUAGUGAUCGGAAGGUCCCUUCUACAGGCGAUCCUCUAGGUGCAGGUGUGGGUCCUGGUGGUGGAAGACUUUCACCAGUACCCAGUGUAUGUUCCAUGAAGAGUGACUGGUCAAUGAAUGAUCCACCUGAUUUUACAGGAGAAAGUAAACACACUAGGGCUGAUUUGGACAGAACAGACUCUCUGAGCAGUAGGUUUUCGUCAUGUAAGCUGUCAGAUAAUUCCACUCCUGUUGACGAGGCUUCUAGUCAACACACAACAGAACCCACGGGUGUUCUCUGUGAUGUUUGCUCAAAGAGGGCUUUCAAGUCCUGCUUGACCUGCACUGCCUCCUUCUGUGAGGUCCACGUGAAGCAGCACUACACAGCUCCAGCACUGAGGAGACACACGCUGGUGGACGCCACUGAAGACCUGGAGCAGAGGCUGUGCCAACGACACAACAGAGAUCUGGAGAUAUAUUGCAGGACCGACCAGACUGCAAUAUGUCUAUCAUGCUGGACAUGGGAACACAAUGGACAUGACAUAAUAUCCCAGGAAGAACAUCAGCGUCUGCAAAAGAAUAAAUCAGAGAUGGAAAACAAGACAGCUGUUCCUCCUCCUGGGCCCAUUGAGUUCACCUCAGUGAAGCCAGACUCCGUGUGUCUGAGCUGGGGACCUCCUGAGGGGCUGGCUGGACCCCACAGAUUCAGGGUCACAUGGUCGGGUGAAGGCAGCCAGGAGCAUCUCCAAGUGCAAGACCUGAAACUAGAUGUUCAGGGACUCACUCCAGGAGAGGAGUACCUGUUUACUGUGGCCACCCUCAGUGAUGAUGGCAGACAGAGUUCAUGUGUGUCUGCAACUGUCAACACAGAUAUUCCUCCACCCGGGUGUCUUACUGUGGCUGUGGAUCUCACAUCAGUGUUCGUGACGUGGAGCAAACCAGAGGGAGUUGUUCAGGCCUCUUACAUACUGACCCUCGACAGAGAUGGAGGAUGUCUAAACACCGUUUCCAUCAGAUCUCUUCAACACCGGUUUGAGUUGGAAAUGGAGGCAGAAUACACCAUCAGUGUUUCCACAGUACUAAAAGGAGGCCAAAGCAAGCCCAUCUCUAAAACCAUAAGAACAAUUUUUCCAGUCCCAGAGAAGUUGACUGUGAGCUCCAUGACUCCAACAUCUGCUGAUCUUAGCUGGAGCCUUCAUCAGGGGAUGGAGCAGUUUCCACACAGCUUCCUGAUCUCCUACCACAGUGAAGAGACUGAACCACAGACCACCUCUACAGAGUCAUGCAGCACAACUCUUACAGGCCUGACGCCAGACACUCAUUAUACUGUCACUGUCUGCUGUGAGCUCAGAGAUGGGGGAAGGAGUCAGGCUGCUACACUCCUCAUCCAAACAGCUGUUCCUCCUCCUGGGCCCAUUGAGAUCCCCUCAGUGAAGCCAGACUCCGUGUGUUUGAGCUGGGGACCUCCUGAGGGGCUGGCUGGACCCCACAGAUUCAGGGUCACAUGGUCGGGGGAAGGCAGCCAGGAGCAUCUUGAAGUGCAAGACCUGAAACUAGAUGUUCAGGAGCUCACUCCAGGAGAGGAGUACCUGUUUACUGUGGCCACCCUCAGUGAUGAUGGCAGACUGAGUUCAUGUGUAUCUGCAACUGUCUGCACAGAUAUUCCUCCACCCGGGUGUCUCACUGUGGCUGUGGAUCUCACAUCAGUGUCCGUGACGUGGAGCAAACCAGAGGGAGUUAUUAAGCCCUCUUACCUACUGACCCUCGGCAGAGAUGGAGGAUGUCUAAACACCGUUCCCACCAGAUCUCUUCAACAUCGUUAUAAGUUGCCAAUGGAGGGAGAAUACACCAUCAGUGUUUCCACAGUACUAAAAGGAGUCAAAAGCAAGCCCAUCUCUAAAACCAUCAGAAAAAGUUAUCCAGUCCCAGAGAAGUUGACUGUGAGCUCUGUGACUCCAACAUCUGCUAAUCUUAGCUGGAGCCUUCAUCAGGGGAUGGAGCAGUUUCCACACAGCUUCCUGAUCUCCUACCACAGUGAAGAGACUGAACCACAGACCACCUCUACACAGUCAUGCAGCACAACUCUUACAGGCCUGACGCCAGACACUCAUUAUACUGUCACUGUCUGCUGUGAGCUCAGAGAUGGGGGAAGGAGUCAGGCUGCUACACGCAUCAUCCACACAGGUAUUUCUGUGCCUGAGGGGUUGUCUGUGGAUGAGCUGAAUGAAGAAUCUUAUGUCCAAUGGAGUGCGGAUCUGAGCUGGAGCCAAGGGCACGGGACUGACCAGAUUCCACACAGCUUUGAGAUCUCCUACCACAGUGAAGGGAAUGAGCCAAAGAUCAUCAGGACAGAGUCCUGCAGCACAACUCUUCCAGGCUUGCACUCAGACACUCAGUACACUGUCAGUAUCUGUACUGUGGUUCGAGGUCGAAGAAAGAGCAAGUCUGUAUCCACCACUUUCCACACAUGUGAAAGGAGGAUUGUGCUGCUUGGGAAAUCGGGUGAUGGUAAAAGCAGUACUGGAAACACCAUCCUGGGGGAUGAGGUUUUCAAAGUGAGUGGGUCUCAGGACUCGGAAACAAGACGGUGUGAAACACUCAGUAGGAUCAUCAACGGGAGAAAAUACACAGUCAUUGACACACCUGGAUUCUUUGACAACAACGAUUCAGAGGAGAGGUUGAUACCUCAGAUAGUAAAAUGCAUCUUUGACAGUUCCCCAGGUCAGCAUGCUUUUGUCAUCGUGAUGAGAGUAGGGAGGUUCACAGACCUUGAGGAACAAGUUGUAAAGAAGAUUACAGAAUUAUUCGUAGAGGACACCUUUAAACAUGCAGUGAUUGUUUUCACACAUGGUAGAGACCUGAAGGGUCAGACUAUUGAACAGUUUGUAGAGAAAAGCAGAAGCAAUCAGGGUACUGAGCAGGGAAAAGCUACACUGAAGGACCUUGUAGACAAAUGUAAUGGUCGCUAUCAUGUCAUAGAUAAUGAGCACUGGAAUCAGGAAGAGGGGGACGGCAGCAACAGAAUUCAGUUAGCAAAGCUGUUUGACACCAUAGAAGAGAUGGUGAAGAAGAAUGAAGGCUGUUACACUAAUGACAUUUCGUUGUUAGUGGUGCAAGCCAUACAACGAGAAAUGGAAAGUCUGAGGGAGCAUGAGAGGGGCCUAACUGACAGGGACAUUAGAGCAAAAGCCAAGAGCAGAGUUGAACAAAGAGUUUUGGUAAAUACAUUUGUGGCUAAAUAUUCAGUGCUGCUCUUUGCAGCUUUCAGUUUAAAAAAGGUUCCAGCAGGAUUCUCCAGUUACAUUGGCCAAGCAGCAGCUAGGGCGAGAUAUCCUACUGAAGCUGCAAGUGAAGCGUGUCAACGGUUGCGUCUCUUAUUGCUGAAGUAGUCUGAAGCGUGUCGACGGUUGCUGGAGUAGUCAACAUUUAACAUUCUUAUUCAAAUUAGUGUUGGUACAUCUGGAAUUCGUCCAUUGUGUUUGUGUGUAUGGUUUAAUCCGGAACCUACGUAAACAGUCUGCCUCUCCUCUAAUCAAUCUGUAACUGAAGCCUGAUGUCACCUUAACUAUGCCCCCUUGACCAGGUGGACAACCAGUCAUGUACCCAUGGUCUCUCUCUCUCUCUCUCUCUCUUUGCCUCCCACAUUGACGGGCAAACAUGUCUCUUUCAUCCCUGUACUCUAACGGAGCACAUCUCUCUUCAUUCAGAAGAGCAGGCCCUUUCCCUCUCACCUGCAGAUACAACAAACUUUGUCUCAUGGCAAUAACUGCCUAAGAUUCCUCGGUAGCCAGGAACGCACUGCUAACUGAGAGUAAGCUAAUCACAAAGACGACCCGGAUGAGGGGAACCUAACUGACAGGGACAUCAGAGCAAAAGCCAAGAAAAUAGUUGCACAAAGAGUAAUGUUACAUAAAUGUGUGGCUACAUUUUCAGUUCUGCUCUAUGCAUUUUUCAGUUUAAAAAGGGUUCCAGUAGGAUUCCGCGGUUGCAUUGAUCGAGCAGCAGCUAAGACGGGAAAUUCUAUUGCAGAUGUAAAAGAAGUAUUUUGACUGUUGCAGCUCUUAUCGCGGGAGUAGUCUGAAGCGUGUGGACUGUUGCGUCUCGUAUUUCUGGAGUAGUCUGAAGCGUGUGGACUGUUGCGUCCCUUAUUGCUGGAGUAGUCUGAAGCAUGUUGACUGUUGCGUUUCUUAUUGUUAAAGUAGUCAACAUUUAACAUUCUUAUUCAAACUAGUGUUGGUACAUCUGGAAUUCGUCCAUUGUGUUUGUGUGUAUGGUUUAAUCCAGAACUUACCACAUGUAUGUUCACAAACGUGCACACACGUGCACGCGGAACUACGGUGACUGAACAAAGGAACACAUGCACAUUCUCUCUGGUGUGCAACCGACGGCGGGUCACUGAGUCUGUGUUCUGUGUACCAGUGAUUCACCGCUGGAGUUACCCUUUGGUCUUGCCUGUGAGUUUAUGGACAUUCUUGGUUUUCAUUUUCCUUGUUAGCUGCUUGAACAGUUUUUUUUACUUGUUUUGUGUUUAGAAUUCUCUGGAAUUAUCUGCCCUGUCUUUUCCCUAUGAGAUACCUUUUGUUUUUUGUCUGGAUCUUCUGAGCUUUUGGAUGUAUUCUUGAUUAUUAAAGGACAUUUUCUUCACACUAA